ACGGCCAGUGAGGAGAGAGCGACUGCGCUGUGAAAGACUGCGGGUGGAUCAACUGAACCAACGAAGCCCAGUGGAGAAUCACAGCAACGCAGCCCCGCUGAAAACCCAGAGCCCCAUUUUACUGUAGAAUGGCAUCAAGAAGAAUGGAGACCAAACCAGUGAUAACCUGCCUCAAAACGCUCCUUGUCGUCUAUUCCUUCGUGUUUUGGAUCACGGGGGCAAUCCUCUUAGCUGUGGGACUAUGGGGAAAGUUUAUGCUGGGUGCGUACAUAUCUAUCAUCGCUGACAGCUCCACCAAUGCUCCUUAUGUUCUCAUCGGCACCGGAACAUGCAUCAUCGUGUUCGGACUGUUUGGAUGCUUCGCUACCUGCCGCGGGAGCCCAUGGAUGCUCAAGCUGUACGCCAUGUUCCUGUCCCUGAUCUUCCUGGCAGAGCUUGUGGCUGGCAUCUCCGGCUUUGUCUUUCGUCAUGAGAUAAAGGGAACCUUCCAGAGGACCUUCAGUGAGGCAGUGAAGAACUACAAUUCCCAGGACGAGAGGAGCCUGGCUGUGGACAAUGUGCAGCGCAGUUUGAAAUGCUGUGGUGUGUUGAACUACACCAGCUGGUUGUCCAGUAUCUGGUUCCCUAACAACGGCAUCCCACCCAGCUGCUGUGCCAGCAUCUCUGACUGUAACGCUUCUGACCUGCGCAAUGUCACCAUAGCCCCCAGCAAGGUCCACCAGCAGGGCUGUUAUGAGCUGGUGACUGACUUCAUUGAGACUAACAUGGGGAUCAUUGCUGGAGUGACAUUUGGAAUAGCUGUCUCACAAUCAAUUGGUAUGCUGUUGGCAUGCUGUCUGUCGCGGCUUAUCACUGCCAACCAAUAUGAGAUGGUGUAGCAGUGAGGUGCAGGGAGACCAGGAGGAGAGAGUACACGUCACCUUGGAAACUGGUCGAAGAACACACCCAAACGCUGGCACACUCCAUUUUUACUUUUCCACUCCUUAUCUUCCUUACUUUGUCGCUCUCGUUUUCUCUCUUUCAUCUGUUUGAACACAUUCCUUAAUAUGCCAUCAUGCCAUGAUUAAAAAUGUUUCCUUUCAAGACCUUAAUUCUUCUAAAAAUGAAUGGUUGUCGAUUAGCACCUGCCUCAGCCAUAUGCUCUGAUCCAGGCAUGCCAUGCCUAAUUCAAACAGUACCAAUCUGCACUUACACAAGUUGACAAUAUUCCUAAGAAAUUGCCUUGAUGCAACUCAUCAAAUUAUUCAAAUUAUUUCCAGGAAAUUUAGACUGGGGAAGAUAGCCGUCGAACGGCUAUCUUCCCCAGUCUAAAUUUCCUGGAAAUAAUUUGAGAGAUGCCAUCAGAAUUUCCUAUAUGAGGUCUUUGAAAGAAACUUGAGCCCACUCAGAAGGGACUGAGUUUCUCUAACUGACACACACACACUCUCUCACACACACAGCGUCUGCUUUUUGCUGCUACAUGGACUACAGUAAACCUACAUCCUGCUUCUAAUGACUAUCAGUCUAAAUGAGCUUGUGCAAGUUGCUCUCUGUGGAUGUGUAUUUGUUAUGUGUUUAGAUCCUCUGGAUUCAGUUGAGUCCUGUACUUGGUGAUCUCUGCCACUCCCUCCCCUUUGCCUUCUGUCUGUCCGUCAGUUAGUCAUAAUGUUGUUUUGUUGUUGUAAUAUUUUAUUUCAUUUUAAAAGUCUUAAAUGUGUGUUUCUAUAACAGUAGACUGAGACACAGCCAUUUUUCUGGUUUUAACCCCAGUUUUGGUGUUCAAAUGUUUUUACACAUUCACCUUCUGCUUGAGAUCCCACUCUAUUUUACUAUCCUUGUCCGUUCUCCAGCACAUCCAUCUCUCUCUCUCUCUCUCUCCGCCGCCACACCCCAGUACAUUCGGUUCUCUCUCUCUCUCUCUCCGCCGCCACACCCCAGUACAUUCGGUUCUCUCUCUCUCUCUCUCUCUCUCUCUCCGCCGCCACACCCCAGUACAUUCGGUUCUCUCUCUCUCUCUCUCCGCCGCCACACCCCAGUACAUUCGGUUCUCUCUCUCUCUCUCUCCACCGCCACACCCCAGUACAUUCGGUUCUCUCUCUCUCUCUCUCUCCGUGCUGGAGAACGGACAAGGAUAGUAAAACGGAGUGGGAUCGCUGCACAAACUAGAGUUUCAUUGAGUCAGCACUGCUUUCUGAUGAUGAGAGAAGACUAUUCUACUUCCGGUCUUUUGUUGUUGCCGUUUGCUUCUCACUAUAUGGGAUUGGUAGACAGAGAGAGAGCCCACUGGGCACACACUGGCUGAAUCAACGUUGUUUCCACGUCAUUUCAAUGAAACGACGUGGAAUAGACGAUGAAUUGAUGUCUGUGUCCAGUGAGAGAAAGAGAGAGUAAGAGAGAGAUAGAGAGAGUCAUUCUCAGUGGUAGGACUUGAGGUGUUUGAGCUCGAUUCGGUCUGUCAUUGCUCUGGCUUGGAACAAUCAAAUGAAAUACCACUUUCUGAAGAUUUGCCACUUUUGUGUAUUACUUAAAUGUAGAAUCAGUAAUAUGACAGCAACCUCUUAGGUGGUAAUGACUAUAGGUAUACUAAGCUUUAGUGGGCGCCUGGGGGUAGAAUGGAGUGGGGCAGACCACCGAGGUCACUGACACUGUUACUGGUUUAAUUCAACUGGUAUGUGAGUACAGCAAGCUGGUUCCAAGAUUCUAUUUCUGUAAUUACUACGAUUCUUUUAGGUUUUUGUUUUGUUUUGGGGUUUUGACGCAUUCUGAAGUUGCUCUGUGUUUUCGUUGGAUCAGUAUAAAACCAAUGUACAUGAUCAAUUAAUCUCUCAAUCCAAAAUUGGACAGAUGAAAUAAGACUUUGUAUAAAAAAAUAACGUUUUAAAAUGCAUCACCAGCUAGCAUGCCAACAAAUGUAUGUUGAUAUUGUGAACAAUUGUGAUCUUGAAUAUAUUAAUAAAAUGGUCAUUACAUCGUU